UUCGUUUUCUUUUAUGCUCAAAGUCAUGCAGCUGAUUCCCGCGCGCCUGAUAAAAGCAUUAUCUUUUUCUUCACUACCAAGCACCGCCACUCUUCAAGAAAUUGCUUCUUCUCAGCCCAAAGGUGUUGCAAAGGUGGUAUUAAAGAAGGGGAAGACACAACUCUUUAAGAAUGGUAGUCCAAUGGUGUAUAGUGGAGCAGUUGAUAGAAUAAUUGGUAGACCACCACCCCGGACUGGAGAUAUUGUACUGGUAGCUGAUGGGACAGAGAAACCAAUUGGGUGGGGAUUGUAUAAUUCAGUCUCCAUGUUCUCUGUUCGGCUUAUGCAGCUUGAAGAGGAAGCAACAAGAGAUCCUUCAUUUGCAUUCAACAUGGAGAACUUGCUUGAAGCAAGAAUUGAUGCGGCUAGACAAUUACGUGUGAGUUUGGGGCUUCCCUCAGCCAAUACAAAUGCAUAUCGUCUUGUAAAUAGUGAAGGAGACAGAUUGUCCGGAUUAAUUGUUGACGUUUUUGGAGAUUUAGCUGUAAUAGCAUCAUCAGCUGCUUGGGUUGAGAAGUACAAACAAGAAAUUGAGGGCUCCAUCAGUAGCAUUGAUGAAAUUAAUCAUAUAAAAUGGAGACCAUCUGUCGAAAUUUUGAAGGAAGAAGGAAUCAAUUUGUCAGAUUUGAAGGAGAUGUAUCCAUCUGCUUGUCCUGGAACAACAAAGGUUAUGGAAAAUGGGAUUUUUUAUGCAAUUUCACUGGAUGGCCAGAAGACAGGAUUUUAUGCUGAUCAGCGUGAAAACCGUCAGUUCAUAUCAACUAUGUCAAACAGUAAAAAAGUUCUUGAUAUUUGCUGCUACAGUGGUGGUUUUACUUUAAAUGCAGCACGAGGGGGUGCUGCGAGUGUCACUGGUAUUGAUACAUCGUUGCCAGCUCUGGAGCUAGCUAAAGAAAAUAUUGUUCUUAACAACAUGGAUCCGGAAAGAAUAUCAUUUCUCAAAGAAGAUGCAAUAGAAUUUAUGAAGGCUGCUCUUUCUAGAAAUGAAUCAUGGGACUUAGUCAUUCUUGAUCCUCCGAAACUAGCACCACGAAGAAAGGUUUUACAAAGUGCAUUAGGCAUGUACAGAACUUUAAACUCAUUAGCAAUGCGAUUAACAAGGAGAGGUGGACUUCUCAUGACAUGUUCGUGUUCAGGAGCUAUGACCCAAAGUGGGAUGUUCUUGUCUACUCUUCAGGGUGCUGCAACAAUGGCAGGAAGGAAGAUUACUGUUGUACGACAGGCCGGAGCAGCAUGUGAUCAUCCUAUUGACCCAUCCUACCCAGAAGGUGCAUAUCUUUCCAAUGUCUUCCUAAGAGUACUGUGAGUGGCCAUCCGAAUGAAUGGACAAAAACACAAGCCCUUUUUGUUUUUGGCAACUAAGCUUACUGGAAAGCCAUCAUGCAGUGAAAUGGAACAGGUGCAGAUAUAAAGAAAUGUGUUAAAAUACUAUUUACAAAUGCCAUGUUAAAAUACUAUUAACAUGGCUCCAGCCGCCAAAAAUCCGAAUGCAGAAGAACAAUUUCUCGAGUUUCUUCUUUCACUUGGAACACAACCACAAGGGAUCUGCCACACCAAAAAUCUAUAGCAUACACGAUAGUUGGACGAUAGUAAGAGGACUUCAGAGCACUACACUAUAAAUAUACGGUACCACCACGUUUUUUUGGUGAAUGGUGACAAUUUGUAUUUGUUUAUCAUGUUUGAGUCAUGUUGAAGUCUAAAUAUAAAA